GUUCGUUUGGUAAACAAAGCGUCCUUCUAGCGAUUUAUAGAUGGAUAUGGCCUUCAAAUAGGAUCAGAAGCUGAAGUUGAGUUGGAUACACAACCAUCGCACCAACCAAGAUCUCAGCCCUUAAGUCGUUUCUCUCUGCAUUCGCAUCGGAGGUCAAGAAGCAGCGCUCCAGCUCAGUCUAAUCGGCAACGCGGCCAAUCCUCUGUUUGGUUGGGUGGUGCAAGGUCAUUAUGUCUAGCAUGGAGGAUGUCAAAGAGCAAGAACAAGUGAAUGUAGAUGUCCCCCAGGAGUGUGAAAAAUCCAUACUUUCAUCUCAAGAGGAGGAGGUGAAGAAGAAAUAUGGGGGAAUAAUGCCCAAGAAACCACCACUCAUUGCUAAGGACCAUGAACGUGCUUACUUUGAUUCUGCUGAUUGGGCUCUGGGAAAGCAAGGUGUUGAGAAGCCCAAAGGACCACUUAAGGCCCUUCAGCCCAAAUUACAGCCCACACAACAGCAAACGCGAUACCGGAAGUCUCCUUAUGCUCCAUCAGAUGGUGAAGAUAGAGGAAGCGCUCCAUCUGAGGAUGGGAGUACCAAUGUAUGAGACUGCUGUUGGUAUUUUAAUCUUGUGAGGACUGCUGAUUAUUAUUCCGAUACCUACAUAGGUAAUGAGUACUUUUCUGUUUGUUCUCCGUAAUAAAGUUGGUGAAAAUGUUUAGUUGUUAGCUUAAAGGAACAAACAACAAUGAUAAUACAGUUGCGAUUUAUGGAGCUAUACUUUGUACUAUCUACUA